AUGGUGCAAGUGACGCCUUCAAAUGCCCGCACGAGCUUGGGCUCUCUCGUAAUUGGCGGUUUGGCGGCGACUGCGCUCUCGGGCGUGGUCAUGAUGCAAACUAUUCUAUACGCACGUAUAUUUGAGAAGGACGCUACGAUCCUAAAGACAAUUGUUGCAACGAUCUUUGCCCUAGAUAUCUUCCACACAUGCCUGGUUUGGGCGGCUAUGUGGCAAUAUUUCGUAUCCAGUUUCGGAGACGCGAAUAUAACUGAUCACGUAUUCUGGACCGCUGGGCUCACCAUUGCAAUGACUGCGAUCACCACUUUUGUUGUCCACAUGUUCUUUUCUUAUCGCUUGCUGAGACUCAGCAGGGGCAAUUACUUCAUCACUGUCCCGAUGGUGCUUGUGGCCUUCGGGCGAUUAGUGUCCGCUGUUGCUACAUCUGCAGAAAUGAUCCGCGCACGGAGCUACUACGAGUUCUACGCCCACUAUCGGUGGCUCUUCACGCUAGGUCUGGUCUUGUCGACCGCAGCUGACAUCACGAUCACUUCCGGUUUAUGUAUUUUCUUGCGAAUCAACAGGCACGGCGGCAGUGGGCGGUUAGACCAUAUCUUGAACUCCGUGACGCUGUACACGGUAGAGAAUGGGAUGAUUACCUGCGUUGCCACUGUGCUCUCCUUAAUCUUUUGGCUUGUCAAGCCCCACGCUCUUAUCUAUCUUGGCCUUCAUUUUGCAAUCAGUAAACUUUACGCUAAUUCUUUCCUGGCAUCCAUGAACGCUCGGAAGCUGCUGCGCACCCAGAACGCGACGAGUUCGGAAGAGGAAGGACACCGGCUUCCAGUCAUCUUCGCCCAUCACAUCUCUCACGAUAGACGGGACUCGGCUGACGAAGUCGACCUCACCGGCACGAAGUUACAAAUUAACGUGGACAAGACGGUGGACUACGUGACGGAUGACCCGAUACCGUCGCCGCCUCGGCAUCAUUCUGGUGGCUCUAAAAUCGUCGCUGAAUGA